AUGAAUAAUUCAACAUCAUGUGUGUCCAUUAACAUAAAAGAAUUAUUAUUUAAUUUGUCAAAACAGAAAGAUGAGAGAAUUUUUUAUUUCUUGGAAAAAGAUAAAACACUAAUUAAUAUACAAGACGAAAAUGGAAAUAGUUUAUUACACUGGGCUGUCUUUUUAAAUAAUGUAUAUUUAGUAUACUACUUACUAGAAAACAAUGCUGAUAGGGAUAUUAAGUCACAUUCUAAGCAGACCCCAUUAUUCUGGGCCAUAUGCUCAAAUAAUAUUUUUAUGAUUUAUAUUUUGAAUAAGUAUGGAAUUAAUUUAUUUCAAGAAGAUGACAAAGGAUAUAAUUGUCUUAUCAUAAGUAUUCAGUAUAAUAAUAUUUUAGCUUUUUUUUAUUUAUUAUAUCUAAAUGUUUCUAUAACACAUAAAGAUUAUAAUAGUUGCUCUGUAGUUGAUUGGGCUGCAUAUAAUAAUAAUUUAUUUUUUCUUCGUUUUUUUUCAAUAUUUAUGAACAAUUUAUAUUCUCUUAAUUUAAAUACUCCAACAUCAACACUACAUAAAGCCAUCAUUGGCAAUUCGUAUGAAGCAUGUGUAUAUUUAAUAAUAAAUAAACUUCAAAAUGUUUACGACAUAGGAACGGAUGACAAUAAAACCAUUCUUCAAUUCGUUGAAGAUAACAAAUCCAAAAUAGACCCCAGAAUUUAUCAGUUCCUAAAUAGUAAGAAGGUAUAUAGAUUAUGUCAAAACAAGGGAAAUAUAAAUAAAAAUAGAAAUUUUUUAUAUGAAGAAAAUGGUACUAUAGGCUCAUACACCAUUAAGAGAAAAAAAAAAUUGCCCAUAUUUCUUAGCAUUUAUACAAAAUAUAUUGAAAAUAAGGCUCUUCUGCUAUACCCACUGAUGUUGGUAUUUCUUUAUGUUUAUUUAAACAUAACUUACUUCCUAUACGUUAGAAAAUAUAUAGAGGGACAAAAAUUAUACCUAGACUUAUUUCAUCCCUUCCUUUUUGUCAUAUAUUAUUUUGUGGUUACUAGCAACCCAGGAUAUUUGGAAAAUAAUAAAAGCAAUGUUUUCAAUAUGAAUUUGGAAGGUAAAAAAAAAAAAGACAUCAACAUGAAAUGUAAAAAUGGAGAUAAUACAUAUGAUGAUACAUAUGAUGAUACAUAUGAUAAUACAUAUGAUAAUACAUAUGAUGAUACAUAUGAUGAUACAUAUGAUGAAACACAUGAUAAUACAUAUGAUGAUAUAUAUGAUCAUACACAUGAUAAUACACAUAAUGAUGUAGAUUCAAAACAAGACCAAUAUAAAGAUAAACCUUCAAAUGAUUAUUAUAAUAAAACAAAUAAUAAUAAAGAGUGGUCGAAAGAAAAUCUUACUUUUCAAUAUAUCAUUAAAAAUAUAAGGGAUGAAAUAAAUAGAUAUGAAAAGAAAUACAAAUUGAUUGAGUUUGCAAAAAGAAUGAAGAGAGAAAAUAUUUUUGAAUUAAAAAAUAGUAUGGAAAUAAAUUGGAAUAUCCCCCCUAUAGAAUUCACAGAAAUUAAUAUUAACAUGUUAUGUCCUACAUGUUUUCUUUUUAAAAAUUUAAGAACAAAACAUUGUUCUUUGUGUGACAAAUGUGUUGAAAUAUUUGAUCAUCAUUGUGAUUUUACACUUAAUUGUAUGGGUAUUGAAAAUGCUAGGAUAUUUCUUUUAUGGAUUUUACUCAACAUUUGUUUUUCUUUUUAUAUUAUAUAUAUAUAUGGAUGUUUUAUUUUUAAUAUUUCAUUUAAUUAUAACAACAUCAAAUUUUAUAUCAUAAUACUUAUGGCUAUUGUAUUAUCUAUAUUACUAAUAUAUUUUAUGGGUGCCAUAUUUAUAAGAUCCAUAAUGAACAUAUUAGAAAAUAUUACAUCCAAUGAAAAAUUUAAAAUUUAUACAUACAAAACAUUUUUUACAUAUGAAUUAACUAUGGAUGAAAAAAACCAACCUAUUGUUAUAAGAAAAUUUAAAAAUCCAUUUGAUCAAGGAAGGUUUCUUAAUUUUAUAAAUUUUUUAACAAAAUCAAAAACAAAGUUAAUUAAAAAGGAAAAACAGUUUAUAGAGAUUGACAAAAAUAUUAAAAGCCAAAAGCUAACAGAAUUUGUUGACAAAUUGAAUAAACGGUUAAACCAAAUGAACAUUGAAUGA